CGCAGCCAUAUUUCCCCCCCUUCGGCACACGGUGGCUCCUCGGCUUGAGCCCAUGCGCGCCGCGCCGCUGGGCGAGGCGCCCUCUCGCAUGAGCGGCCGCGUGGCUACGAAAACCACCCUUUCCGCCACUGCUGCGCGUCCCUGUUGGAACAGGCUGCUACGCGCAAGCUCUGCUACACGGCGGAGUGCUACGAGGCGCAGGGCAUCUUCACGAGGAUGACGUUCGCUUUCGUGAACUACACCUUCCGCCAUUGCAGCGCGUUCCUGGCGCACGCGACGGUGUCCAACGCUCAGCCAUACGGUGGAGUGCAACGAGGAGCAGAGCAUCCCCAAGCGUUUACUUACGAGGACUACCUCUACCGCAUCGGCAGCGCGACCUGUGCGCAGGCAGCGGCUUCCAAGCUCAGCCACACGACAGAGUGCUACGAGGUGUUGGGCAUCCCCACAGGGCUGGCGUACGCCUACGUGGACAACCUCUUCCAUUACUGCAGCGCGUCCCGUGCGCAGACGGUUGCGUCCCGGUUCAGUUGCACGGCGGAGUACUACGAGGCGCCAGGCAUCUUCACGGUGCCGCGGGUCUUCUGCGAGGACAGCCCUUUUCGAUAUUACAGCGCGCCCCUGGCGCAGGCGGCGGCCUCCAAGCUCAGCCACGCGGCGCAGCGCUACGAGGGGCAUCUACACGGGGUUGGCAUUCGCCUACGAGGGCAGCAGACCUUUCCGCUGCUGCAGCUCAUGAGCUACGGCACUUGCUGCAUAACCGCCGUUUUAGCUUGUGCAGAUCACUUGGGCCGCAUGUUGCUGCAUGUGCUGUCUCCCAUCAGGCUCUCUCGUCGUGGGUCGCCCCCCAUUCGCCUGCUUUCUGCUGGUUCCCCCUUUCUGUUUCCUUUCGCUCCCUUCAGUCUGUAGCAGGUUGCGCGCUGCUUUUCAGUGCUUUCGGUCGAAAAUUUGUACAUCGAGAUUGCCAGUGGCCGGUUAGGCCUCUGAGCUCGAGCUACUGAUGUGGCUGAGCUCUUUUCUCUGCGCUAGCCAGUGCACCCCACUCUGGCUUCCCAGUUCGCCCCUGGUUCGUUCUUUGUCCUUGGCCUGGGUUGACGCACGCCUAGUCGGGCCUUCGAGUUUCCCUCGCUCUUAAGGUCGUUGCCAGCACAUAGGCUUCUUUCGUGUUCCCUGCUCAUCUCUGGCUCGGUGCCGGGAAAGAUAGCGCGACAUGUUUCCCGCGAUUGUUUUUUUUUGCGCCUGGGUCAAGGGCGCUCGCCCACAGGCAUUCAAGGUGAGAGCGGUCAGAGGCGCAUUCCGGUUUUCGACG